CAACAGGUUGGUGGGAGGGGGAGAAAGGAGGGAGCGCCGAGGACAAGGGGGAGGGCCGCAGCCGCGCGUGCUGUUCUGCCCGAGCUCGAGCCCGAGCCUGAGCGCAAGCCUGGGAGCGCCGAGCCCGGCCAGGGACUCCUCCUAUUCAUGGAGCAGGCACCCAACAUGGCUGAGCCCCGGGGCCCUGUAGAUCAUGGAGUGCAGAUUCGCUUCAUCACAGAGCCAGUGAGUGGUGCAGAGAUGGGCACCCUACGUCGUGGUGGACGACGCCCAGCUAAGGAUGCAAGAGCCAGUACCUACGGGGUUGCUGUGCGUGUCCAGGGCAUCGCCGGACAGCCCUUUGUGGUUCUCAACAGUGGGGAGAAAGGUGGCGACUCCUUUGGGGUCCAAAUUAAGGGGGCCAAUGACCAAGGGGCCUCGGGAGCUCUGAGCUCAGAUUCAGAACUCCCUGAGAACCCCUACUCUCAGGUCCGGGGAUUUCCUGCCCCCUCGCAGAGCAGCACAUCUGAUGAGGAUCCUGGGGCCCAGUGGAAUGGAAAGCUACUCCGUUCCCAGUCUCAGGCCUCGCUGGCAGGCCCUGGCCCAAUGGAUCCUAGUAACAGAAGCACCAGCAUGCUGGACCUAGCCCCGAAAGUGGCUUCCCCGGGCAGCACCAUUGACACUGCUCCCCUGUCUUCAGUGGACUCGCUCAUCAACAAGUUUGACAGUCAACUUGGGGGCCAGGCCCGGGGCCGGACCGGCCGCCGAACACGGAUGCUACCCCCCGAACAGCGCAAACGGAGCAAGAGCCUGGACAGCCGCCUCCCACGGGACACCCUGGAGGAACGGGAGCGCCAGUCCACCAACCACUGGAACCCCAACACAAAAUAUGACAGCCACGUGGGCAGUUCCCAGCAGGCAGCCCAGAGCCCGAGCCCGAGCCCGAGCCCGAGCCCGAGCCCGAGCCCGAGCCCGAGCCCGAGCCCUCUCGGUGGCUUUAGCCGUGCCCGUCAGACUCAGGACUGGGUCCUUCAGAGUUUUGAGGAGCCUCGGGGGAGAGCACAGGACCCUACCAUGCUGCAGUUUAAAUCAACUCCAGACCUCCUCCGGGACCAGCAGGAGGCAGCCCCACCAGGCAGCGUGGACCAUAUGAAGGCUACCAUCUAUGGCAUCCUGAGGGAGGGAAGCUCAGAAAGUGAAGCCUCUGUGAGGAGGAAGGUUAGUUUGGUGCUGGAGAAGAUGCAGCCUCUAGUGAUGAUUUCUUCCGGUUCUUCGAAGGCCGUGGCAGGGCAGGGCGAGCUUAUCCGAAAAGUGGAGGAGCUACAGCGAAAGCUGGAUGAAGAGGUGAAGAAGCGGCAGAAGCUAGAGCCAUCCCGAGCUGGGCUGGAGCGGCAGCUGGAGGAGAAAACAGAAGAGUGCAGCCAGUUGCAGGAGCUGUUGGAGAGGAGGAAGGGGGAGGCCCAGCAGAGCAACAAGGAGCUCCAGAACCUGAAGCGCCUCUUGGACCAGGGUGAAAGUUUACGACAUGGACUGGAGACCCAGGUGGUGGAGCUGCAGAACAAGCUGAAACAGGUCCAGGGUCCUGAGCCUGCUAAGGAGGUGUUACUGAAGGACCUGUUAGAGACCCGGGAACUUCUGGAAGAGGUCUUGGAGGGGAAACAGCGGGUAGAGGAGCAGCUGAGGCUGCGGGAGCGGGAGCUGACAGCCCUGAAGGGGGCCCUGAAAGAGGAGGUGGCCUCCCGUGACCAGGAGGUGGAACACGUGCGACAGCAGUGCCAGCGAGACACGGAGCAGCUCCGCAGGAGCAUGCAGGACGCGACCCAGGACCAUGCAGUGCUGGAGGCUGAGAGGCAGAAGAUGUCAGCCCUUGUGCGAGGGCUGCAGAGGGAGCUGGAGGAGACCUCAGAGGAGACGGGGCAUUGGCAGAGCAUGUUCCAGAAGAACAAGGAGGACCUUAGAGCCACCAAGCAGGAACUCCUGCAGCUGCGAAUGGAGAAGGAGGAGAUGGAAGAGGAGCUUGCAGAGAAGAUAGAGGUCUUGCAGAGGGAAUUGGAGCAGGCCCGAGCUAGUGCUGGAGAUACUCGCCAGGUUGAGGUGCUCAAGAAGGAGCUGCGCCAGACACAGGAGGAGCUUAAGGAACUGCAAGCAGAACGGCAGAGCCAGGAGGUGGCUGGGCGACACCGGGACCGGGAGUUGGAGAAACAGCUGGCGGUCCUGAGGGUCGAGGCUGAUCGAGGUCGGGAGCUGGAAGAACAGAACUUCCAGCUACAAAAGACCCUCCAGCAACUGCGACAGAACUGUGAAGAGGCUUCCAAGGCUAAGAUGGUGGCCGAGGCAGAGGCAGCAGUGCUGGGGCAGCGGCGAGCCGCAAUGGAGACAACGCUUCGGGAGACCCAGGAGGAAAAUGACGAGUUCCGCCGGCGCAUCCUGGGUUUGGAGCAGCAGCUGAAGGAGACUCGAGGCCUGGUGGAUGGUGGGGAAGCGGUGGAGGCGCGGCUUCGGGACAAGCUGCAGCGGCUGGAGGCAGAGAAGCAGCAGCUAGAGGAGGCCCUGAAUGCAUCCCAGGAAGAGGAGGGGAGUCUGGCAGCAGCCAAGCGGGCACUGGAGGCACGCCUCGAGGAGGCUCAGCGGGGGCUGGCCCGCCUGGGGCAGGAGCAGCAGACACUGAACCGGGCCCUGGAGGAGGAAGGGAAGCAGAGGGAGGCGCUCAGGCGCAGCAAGGCUGAGCUGGAGGAGCAGAAGCGUUUGCUGGACAGGACUGUGGACCGACUGAACAAGGAGUUGGAGCAGAUCGGGGGGUCCUCUAAGCAAGCCCUGCAGCAGCUCCAGGCCCAGCUGGAGGAUUAUAAGGAAAAGGCCCGGCGGGAGGUGGCAGAUGCCCAGCGCCAAGCCAAGGAUUGGGCCAGUGAGGCUGAGAAGACCUCUGGGGGACUGAACCGGCUUCAGGAUGAGAUCCAGAGGCUGCGGCAGGCCCUGCAAGCGUGCCAGGCUGAGCGAGACACAGCCCGGCUGGACAAAGAGCUUCUGGCCCAGCGACUGCAGGGGCUGGAGCAGGAGGCAGAGAACAAGAAGCGCUCCCAGGACGACAGGGCCCGGCAGCUGAAGGGCCUCGAGGAAAAAGUCUCACGGCUGGAAGCAGAGUUAGAUGAGGAGAAGAACACUGUGGAGCUGCUAACAGACCGGGUGAAUCGUGGCCGGGACCAGGUGGAUCAGCUGAGGACAGAGCUCAUGCAGGAGAGGACUGCUCGGCAGGACCUAGAGUGUGACAAAAUCUCCUUGGAGAGACAGAACAAGGACCUGAAGACCCGGUUGGCCAGCUCAGAAGGCUUCCAGAAACCCAGUGCCAGCAUCUCUCAGCUUGAGUCUCAGAAUCAGUUGUUGCAGGAGCGGCUGCAGGCUGAAGAGAGGGAGAAGACAGUUCUGCAGUCUACCAACAGAAAACUGGAGCGGAAAGUUAAAGAGCUAUCCAUCCAGAUUGAAGACGAGCGGCAGCAUGUCAAUGAUCAGAAAGACCAGCUAAGCCUGAGGGUGAAGGCUUUGAAGCGUCAGGUGGAUGAAGCAGAGGAGGAAAUUGAGCGACUGGAUGGCCUGAGGAAGAAGGCCCAGCGUGAGCUGGAGGAGCAGCAUGAGGUCAAUGAACAGCUCCAGGCCCGGAUCAAGUCUCUGGAGAAGGACUCCUGGCGCAAAGCUUCCCGCUCAGCUGCUGAGUCAACUCUCAAACACGAAGGGCUGAGCUCAGAUGAGGAAUUUGACGGUGUCUACGAUCCCUCAUCCAUUGCAUCGCUGCUUACGGAGAGCAACCUACAGACCAGCUCUUGUUAGCUCGUGGUCCUCACGGGCCCAGAAACCAGGCUCAAGGCCUACCCCAGUCAGUGCUGCUCUGCUUUGCUCACCCUGGAUUCUGCAUUCCUGUGGGUGACCCAGUUGUUCAGACCUAAGACAGGGAGGGGUCUGAGUGAUGGUGAUAAAAGACAUCAGCAAUAAGGUGAUGGAUGGACUUUCCACUGGAGGAGUGGAUAUUUCAAGCCAACUGAGCCCUUUCCUCAAAUGCUGACACCUCCCUAAUCUCUCUCCUAACUGGAAGGAUGAUCAGCAUCAGGCCGAUGGGGACUGAGCAUGAUAGGAAGGAAUAGAAAUUGCCAUGUGUAUAAAGCUUUAUUCUUUAGCCCGUAACCCUAAGGCUCAGGGAAAUAUCCUAUGCUCUUGUGCUCCCUGGAUUCCUGCAACUCAUUUUCCUUCCACUCUGGAGCAGGGUGAGGGGAACGUUAUGGGUAAUGGACACGCAGGCGUGGCUCCACCCGUUUCUUUGCACAAGUAUGGGGCUCAUGUGGUAGUCCCCAUACCCCUCCCGUUCCUAUAUUUUUGUCUUCUUCCCUUCCCCUCUUCGCCAUUCUUCCUCGCAUUUUUCCUCUCAGUGCCUUAGCCAGGGUAAGGAGAUAAGGAUGCUCUUCUUGCCUUUUAUAUCUGCACAUUCAUACCUCUCCAAAGACCAGCUUUUCCCCAGCCAGGGCCCUCAGCCUUCCCUGCUGCCCCAGUGAUUGAUGGAGAGAGCUGUUGGUUUUUCUGCCGAUGAGCCCCUGGGAGAGGGACUUUGGGAGGACCAUGAUAAAGUGGCGGGGGUCUGGUGCUGCUCAGGGUUCCCAUCCUUCCUCCUCUCUCUCCUCUGUGACUGUGGAUAUGGUUAUAAGGUGGUUGCACCUGGGAGCCCUGACAACUGUCUGUACACGUUCCAAAGGUAAAGGUCUCAGUCCCUGUGACUUGGGGCUUCUCUGACCAGAUGUGCCCAACUUCAAUAAGAGAACCAAGGGACCCUCAUUUUCUGAGGUGCUUGGUCUGGAUUCAGGGCUUUGCAAGGGGUCAGAAGCUGACUGUAAAAAUGGGAAGAGGCAACAGAAGACAUUUAUUUCUCCUUUGGAUUUUAGGGAAAGCCAUGUCCUGGUAGGGAAGAGGUAAGGGGAAUGAUUCACCUCUCAUGUUUCCUAAGCAGGUUCUAUAGGGAGCCGAAGGGAGGAAGAAGGCUCUUUUCACGAAUGACUUGUAAUGUCGCGAUUAAAAAAAAAAAAUUCCUAUAUUCUUCUGCAAAUCAGACAUCCUUUCCCAAUCCAAUUCAGCCUUGGUUUUAUUUUAAAUUAAAUAUUAAAAUGAUACAUUUAUAUUGAAA